GCAACAACCCCAGAAUACAAAGCCUACCAAGAGCAAGUCCUCGGUAAUUGCUCGAAGUUUGCACAGACUUUGACUGAGAAGGGCUAUGAUCUUGUUUCUGGUGGAACCGAGAACCACUUAGUUUUGGUGAAUUUGAAAAGCAAGGGUAUUGAUGGUUCCAGGGUUGAAAAGGUGUUGGAAGCUGUUCACAUUGCAGCCAACAAAAACACUGUUCCUGGAGAUGUGUCUGCCAUGGUUCCUGGUGGCAUCAGGAUGGGAACUCCUGCUCUCACUUCAAGGGGAUUUGUCGAAGAGGACUUUGCUAAAGUUGCUGCAUUCUUUGAUGCUGCUGUGAAGUUAGCUUUAAAGAUUAAAGCCGAAACCAAAGGGACAAAGUUGAAGGACUUUGUGGCCACGUUGCAGUCCAGUGAUCCCAUCCAAUCCGAGACUACAAAGCUCCGGCAUGAGGUGGAGGAGUAUGCAAAACAGUUCCCAACUAUUGGAUUUGAGAAAGAAGCCAUGAAAUACAAAAACUGA